UUGAAAACCGCUCUUACAAGAUGUUUUUUAAAAUGUGUUCCUUUAAUAUCGGAAGAAACUAUGGCAUUUAUUUAUUACUUCGACUGCUUGUCUUGGCAUCAGUUCUAGAGUUGAUGGAAUCGUUGAACUGUGUGGAGAUUUCUAACUUUAUAAGACAGGCCUCCUUUACCAACUUACGUCUGACGGAGGGCGUGAUAGGUACUCAUAUUGAUGUAGAGAAUGGUGGCGACUGCGCUGUGAAAUGUGAAAAUAACCCUAACUGUAAAUCGUUCUUCUUCAACACGAACUCUCGCACCUGCCAGACUAACUCUAAGAUUUACCUGACAACAGCUGGAGCAGUACUUGACGCAGGUUCGAGGUACUUCAGGAUAGAAACGGAAUGCCCUGCACCUCCCUCAGUACCCAACUCUCAACCUCGGUUUGACGUGAACUCUCCACCAAACGCCACAGGGACGGUACUGAAGUAUGCCUGCAAUGUUGGGUACUCACGAAAGGGGCGUGUCAGGUGUCAAGUAGACGGCACGUGGACUCAGAUGUCCUGCACUGAAGAUUGCCCCAGUCCUCCCGUAAUACCAAAUAGUUAUAAAAAAUUUGACACAUCAACCGUCUCCACAUCUCAGGGAAAGUCCUUGAAGUACAAAUGUCGGCCCAGAUUCGUAGGUGAAAAUGGUGUCACAACUAUCACCUGCCAACGAAACGCCACCUGGACAAACAUAGUUUGUAAACGACCAGACUGCCCCAGUCCUCCUGUCUUUGCAAAUAGUAAUCAACAAUUUAUCCCAACAAGAGUUUCCACAGCGUAUGGAACGUCCUUGCAAUAUGUAUGCAAAUCAGGGUUUGUCGCCGAAAAUGGAGUCACCAGCAUCACGUGUGAUGUAGACGCCACAUGGACAAGCAUAGUUUGUAAACGACCUGACUGUCCUAGACCUCCUGUCUUUGCAAAUAGUGAUCAAGUAUUUGACCCGUCAACAGCUUCAACAGUGUACGGAACGUCCUUGCAGUACCAAUGCCAAUCAGAGUUUGUAGCUGAAAAUGGUGUCACAGCCAUCACAUGUGAUGUAGACGCCACAUGGACAAGCAUAGUUUGUAAACGACCAGACUGCCCCAGUCCUCCUCUCAUAGCAAACAGCAAUGAACAAUUUGUCCGAUCAACAGUUUCAACAGCAUACGGAUCUACCUUGCAGUAUCAAUGUAAAUCAGGAUUUGUCGCUGAAAAUGGUGUCACAACCAUCACCUGUGGUGUAGGUGGCACGUGGACAAGCUUAAUUUGUAAAGCACCAGACUGCCCCAGUCCUCCUGUCUUUGCAAAUAGUAAUCAACAAUUUAACCCAUCAGCAGUUUCCACAGCCUUCGGAGAAAUCUUGCAGUAUCAAUGUAAUUCGGGAUUUGUAGCUGAAAAUGAUAUCACAACCAUCACCUGUGGUUUAGGUGGGACGUGGUCAAGCUUAGUUUGUAAACGACCAGACUGCCCCAGUCCUCCUCGCAUAGCAAACAGCAAUGAACUAUUUGUCCGAUCAACAGUUUCAACAGCAUACGAAUCAACCUUGCAGUAUCAGUGUAAAUCAGGAUUUGUCGCUGAAAAUGGUGUCACAACCAUCACCUGUGGUGUAGGUGGCACGUGGACAAGCUUAGUUUGUAAACGCAAGUGACCAGUAACUAUAUUGGGUUCGUCACUUGCUUUUGUUUAUUCCUCUUUUUCAAUAUUAUUUAUUUAUUUUAUAUAAGGCCAUCUUUCAGGUAGCACUAAACCAAUUUCCAGCUGGGUCAA